AUGGCUGCUUCUUUUCUCGUUGUCGGUGCCACAGGCAAUACCGGUCGCAGCGUCGUUGAGACCCUGUCGAACCACCUCAAAUCCAGCAAGACCUUUUCCGACUAUCGCAUCCUCGCUGUGACCCGUUCUGCAAACAGCUCGUCAGCAAAAUCACUCGCCAAAUUUCCUCACGUCGAGAUUGUCGAAUACACUUGGACGGAGAUUACUACGGAGUGGCUGCGCGAACACAACGUUACUAGAGCCUUCAUAGCAUCACACAACGAGCCACCACAUUUCGCCGACGAGUCAACAUUCCACAUCGCAGCCCUCGGUGCUGGCGUCAAAUACGUUGUGCGCAUCUCCACGACAGCCGCAAACGUUACCCCAGACUGCAAGGCUUACUACCCGCGUGCGCACUGGGCGAUUGAGGCCAUGCUCGAUUCACCAGCUUUUGAAAGCAUGCACUGGUCUUCUUUGCAGCCAAAUGUGUUCUCGCAACUCUACCUUGGCACUGCUGCUGAGCUUAUCAAGACUGUCCGUAAUGGCGGCAAGCAACAUACUUUACGCUUGAUGGCAGACGCUGAUAGUCCGGUUGGUAUCAUCGAUCCCUCAGAGGUUGGUCCGUUUGCUGCGCAUCUCUUGCUCCAGGACGACACUUCUGCGCACAACAAGCGCAGAUAUGUUCUCAAUGGCCCUGAAGAUAUUACGGGAAACCAGAUAGUGGCGAUGGUUGAGAAGCACAUUGGCGCCAAGGUUGAAGAUGUCUCGUUCAAAGAUGUCGGGUUCGUAGACGAUAUGGCUGCUGCGUCGAGCUACUCCAAGAACGUGAUUCUUACUAUCAAGCAUGCUCCAGACACGGCGUGGCAGGGUAAGGCGAAGGCGGAGACGACAAGCAAGGAAGUGCUGGAGAUUGCUGCGCCGAAGAAAACACCUACUGAGGUGAUGGAGGAGCUUUUACAGUAG